AUGGUGCCACUUUGUCUGAUGACUGAAGAUGGUUUGCCAGAAAUUUAUUCUCAUCCUCCAACAGAAAGCAGUGAAACAACUGAAGCAACCAUUUUCUUUGGAGUUGACAGCACUAUUUCUGUAUCAGAAACAACCAUUGUUUUAAAAGGAGACCAUGUCGAUUUCAUAAAUGACUAUACACAAGAAACCACUUCUUCAACAACUGUAGACAACAAACUUACCUCUAUAAAGGAAAGAGAAAAAUCAGAAGAUAACGUUGAGAACAAUAUUACUAAGUCAUCAACCGAUCUGGAGAAAGAAACUACCACUCUGACAAGCACCACAAAUCCCACGGAUAAUGACUCUAUUAUCGAAAAUAUCAUUCCAGUGAAAAUAGAUAAUAUUGCAUCACCAGAUGCUACUGUCUCUUUAAUAGAUUUUCCCACUGAUUCAGCACAAGAAGAUAUUAUUUUGGAUUCUAUUGAGUCCGAAGAUGAAGAUGUCUUUAAAAGUUCCAAAAUAUCUGGCCUACUAAGUGAAAGCAUUGCCAAUAUUGCUGACUCACUUCACCUUCAAGCUAAAAGGAGUGAACCUGAUAGUACCAAUUAUAAUACUUUGGUUAAAACUAAGAUCGCAACUAAUAAUGUAGUCCAUACCGUUAACACCUCUGCUCCUAAGGCUGAAAUUUCUCCUGCCACUGAUAAAUAUUUCACUACUAUCCCAGACAUAACUUUGCUUGCAGAUGAAAAGAUAACUGAGAUUGAGUUAAUUCUUCCAGAAGAUGUUCCCGAUGAUGUGAUUGAAAUAACUGACUCUGAUGAGGAAAAGUUCAUCACAGUGUUUGAACUCAGUACUUCUGUUGAAAAAGACAAAGAUAACCAUCCAGUGGAUAUCUUACUCACUGAUGAAGCUCACAAUGGAUAAACUUAAUGUCUGGGUUGAGAAAGAUAUUGCCAAAAAGAAGCUAAGAAUUAUUCUGCCUUGUUUGCUAUUAUUGAAUUCAGGUAUAACUUUGUGGUCCCUACAUUAAUAUAUGAAUGUCCUAUCAUGGAAGAGCCAUCUACUACAAGAAACAAUGUGUCUGAAUAUUAA